AGCACAGCAGCAAUCUUACCGACUGCAUCUCGAGCUAGAUCGAACCAACGUGAAAAACCAAAAAUCCAGUAGAAUAAAUAGCUGCGUAGUAAAGACCGAGCCUACACCACCAGAGUGCCAUCAGUCAGUCAUGGUCCAUAGUUAGGUGUAGUUAAAAUCAAUUGUCGUGCUCAAAUCCUUCUUCUCGAGGCAGAACAUUUCAGCUCCUUUAGUCACAAAAAAAGAAAAGGCAAAGAUGAAAUGUUGAUUUAAUCGAUCGAGUCGCGAAAGAAUGAAACAAACCGUUCCAGGUUUUUUAACUGUUGUUAUACUCUGUUCGACGGUAUUGGCUGUGGUGGCCGGCAUGUCUGCAUCCCUACCUGUAUCUUCCGUGCAUCCGUUUGCCGCCGAUCCAGUUGAUCUGGACAGGCAAAUGUACGCGCAAGAGAAAACGGCCAAUCGAUCCAGCAGCAACGGCAGCGAAUUUCUCAUUAGAAUCCGGCGUGAAAUUCAUCACCAACGGCAUCAAUGCCCGAUUCAACCGGAUCCUCGUUCGCCCCAUUUGCAACGCCGUUCUCUGUGCCCGUUCGAGAUCCAGCGGGACACCAAUCCUCAACGAAUUCCGGACGUGAUCCUGCGUUCGCACUGCCUCUGUGAAUCUUCGCCGUGUUCUUCAGGCCAGUCUCAGGGCCAGCAGUCAGCCCGUUGCGUGUCGCUCGUGUCGCCAAUCAAAGUGGCUUAUCUCGACCAGCAACUCCAGUACGUCGUUUCGACCGAAAUUAUUCACGUUCCCGUCGCUUGCAUCUGCGCUGCUCAGCCGGCUGGUCGUCACAUGCCACUCCAUCGCAACAUAGUCGUCUGAAAUAAAAAAAAAAACAACAACAACAACAAAAAUAAACAACCGGAAUAACCAAAACAAAAGAGAUUAAGUCAAGAAGAAAGAGAAUAUCUGUUGAUCAGAGCAUUUUUGAAAAAUCAAGUCGAAAAAACAAAGCGUUUUAGCCAAAAAAAAAACAAAACAAACAAAACAAAUGAUACCACGAAUCAAUUAACCCAGCUGGAAUGUGGUUAGCAUAGAGAUUGCAUAACAAUUGUGAUGUCCAUUGCACAGUACGUCUAUCAUGGAGAGUGUCGGCUGGUCCGCCACAAUGUAUGUCGAUGUUGAUUAUCGAUUUAAUACAAAAUCUGUGAGAAGGCUAAAAUAAAAGUACGUCUCAUUCAUGA